UCUGAUUAAACAAGCUAUAUUCCUGUCUUUCUCUUUCUCUCUGUGUGUGCGAGCGCGUGCUUCUCUCUCACCACUACCAGUGCCAUUCCAUUCCUUCAACCCCAAAACUAAAGGAUUUGUGUUUUAACUUAAAUCGGUGAAUGAAUCUGUGGACGGACGACAACUCCUCCGUGAUGGAGGCCUUCAUGUCCUCCUCCGAUCUCUCCUCCAUCUGGCCAACGCCGGCGGCCGCUUCGCAACCCGCCACCGUCUUCAACCAAGACACCCUCCAGCAACGCCUCCAGGCACUCAUCGAGGGUGCCAGGGAGAGCUGGACCUACGCCAUCUUCUGGCAAUCCUCCUACGACUACUCCGGCUCCUCCCUCCUCGGCUGGGGCGACGGUUACUACAAAGGCGAAGAAGACAAAGGCAAAGCCAAGGCCAAGGCCAAAGCCACCACCAUCGCCGAGCAAGACCACCGCAAGAAGGUCCUCCGCGAGCUCAAUUCCCUCAUCUCCGGCUCCUCCACAGCCUCCGACGAAGCCGUCGACGAGGAGGUCACCGACACCGAGUGGUUCUUCCUUGUCUCCAUGACUCAGUCCUUCGUCAACGGCGGCGGGUUGCCGGGUCAGGCUUUCCUAAACUCCACCCCUGUUUGGGUCACCGGCGGCGACCGACUCUCGUUGUCGGCGUGCGAGAGGGCGAGACAGGGGCAGGUGUUUGGGUUGCAGACCCUGGUGUGCAUACCGUCGGCGAAUGGAGUGGUGGAGCUGGGGUCCACCGAGCUGAUUUACCAGAACACGGAUCUGAUGAACAAGGUGAAAGUACUCUUCAAUUUCAACAACAACAAUAACCCUGACGUGGCUUCAUCGUGGCCGUUGAAUGCUAGCACCGCCGAUCAAGGCGAGAACGACCCUUCCUCGCUCUGGCUCAACGAUCCUGAGAUCAGGGAUUCCGUCAACACCGUAGCUGCCACUCCUUCAGUUUCAGUUCCAAACCAUAAUAACAAUCAGGGAAUUGCGAAAACUAUGCAGUUCGAAACCCCAGGUUCAAGUACCUUAACAGAAACCCCUAGUGCGAUUCAUGUCCCGAACACUGUCACUCAUCAUCAGAACCAGCCAUCGCAGAACCAGAGCUUCUUCACCAGGGAAUUGCAGUUUUCCGAAUACGGCUUCGAAGCGAAGAAUGGAAACAACCAGCAUUCUCUGAAGCCCGAAUCGGGUGAGAUUCUGAGUUUCGGAGAGAGCAAGAGAAGCUCUUACGGCGCAAACGGAAAUUCCCAUUCCCAUUUCUUCUCGGGUCAGUCUCAGUUCGUUGCUGCUGCUGCUGACACCACCACCACCACCACCAACAACAACAAUAAGAGGAGGUCGCCGAAUUCGAGGAGCAGCAACGACGACGGAAUGCUAUCCUUCACCUCCGGCGUGAUUCUGCCGGCGUCGAAUAUGAAAUCCUCAGCCGGCGGCGGCGGCGGAGGAGAUUCGGACCAUUCGGAUCUGGAAGCUUCUGUGGUGAAGGAGGCUGAUAGCAGCAGGGUUGCUAGGGUGGCGGAUCCGGAAAAACGACCAAGAAAAAGAGGGCGAAAGCCGGCCAACGGAAGAGAAGAACCGUUGAAUCACGUUGAGGCGGAGAGGCAGAGGAGAGAGAAGCUGAACCAGAGGUUCUAUGCGCUUCGCGCGGUGGUUCCGAACGUGUCGAAGAUGGACAAAGCAUCGCUUCUGGGUGACGCGAUAUCUUACAUCAAUGAGCUGAAAUCAAAGGUUCAGAACCUUGAAUCAGAUAAAGAUGGAAUUGAGAAGCAACUAGAUGCAGUCCAGAAGGAACUCGAGAAAACCAGGGAAAACUCUCCCCCUCCUCCUAAACCUGAUAAAUCAUCAUCGUCAUCAAAUAACGUUUUGAUUGAUUUGGAGAUUGACGUGAAGAUUAUUGGUUGGGAUGCAAUGAUUAGGAUCCAAUGCAGCAAGAAGAACCAUCCCGCGGCAAGGUUGAUGGCGGCUUUGAUGGAGUUAGACCUUGACGUGAACCAUGCCAGCGUGUCAGUGGUGAAUGAUUUGAUGAUUCAACAGGCAACCGUUAAGAUGGGAAGUCGUUUUUACACGCAGGAGCAGCUUCGGUCAGCACUGUCGUCCAAAGUUGGUGAUGCCCAAUAGCUUUGCAUUCUGUGCCAUUGGGAUACGUUAUAUGUCCUAUCAUAUGUUUACACUGUUGUUCCUCUUGUUGUGGGGGCUCUGGGAUAUUUUAAGGCUUCCCGGUAGCAGUCUCUGUAAAAUAAAUUUCUUUUUGGUAGCUUAGUCUGAAUGAACUAGAACUAGCUAGGGACAAUUUUCAUCAAAUCUGUUGGCGGAGUUAAUUAGGUACCUCUGGUGAAGUCAAAAUAGCCGUAUUCUUAUCUGUCUAGAUUGUACAUGUAUAUAUUUAUUAUAUAUAUAUAUUGUCAUAAAUGUGAACAUCAUGAAUUUUCUGAAGAUUAUUCUUCGGCUU